AUGCUAGCGUCAUGGGUCUCUGCCCAAGACAUCUCCAAAAACGCCAUCUCCUCGCUUGCUAGUGUUGAUAGCAGACAAGGAAAAGCCCUGGGUCAUCUCAACUCUAACAUAACGGAAAAAAAGCCUCUUCGAUUCACACCUUGGGGAGAGCGGCUGGCUUUCCAGUACAAGGGGCGCCGUCUCACUCUGCAAUGCACGCAAAAUGAAUCAGCCUUAUUCCCGCGCAAAUCGAUGACAGUUUCCUGCAUUGGCCGUUCUCCAGGGGUCCUUUGGGAUCUUAUGAAUGAUUGUCGCCUCGAAUACCUAAGGCUUUCUGAAGGCAAAACUUCAAUUUUCGAGCACCACAAUAACACCUGGAAAAGAACUAUUACCCGAGACGUCAGACCGAUCGAAACCGUCGUCAUGAACGAAGAGCUGAAGCAGAUGCUCAUUAAAGAUGUCCGUUCGUUCCUCGAUCCUACAGCUCGUUCGUGGUACGCGAAUCGUGGGCUGCCAUAUCGAAGGGGUUACUUGAUGUACGGACGUCCUGGAACCGGAAAAUCCAGUCUCAGUAUGUCUGUCGCGGGCUGUUUUGGACUGGACAUCUACGUAGUCAGCCUUGCCGCUAUCAACGAUGGGCACCUCAAUGCCCUGUUCAGGGAGCUUCCUCAACGCUGUGUCGUUCUUCUGGAGGAUGUUGAUGCAGUCGGCACAUCACUUUCUCGAGACACAGACGCGGAUGAUUCCGAUUCCGGAUCGGAAGUGUCGCGAAGAUCACCAAAAUCACAUGGAACUGUUUCAUUGUCCGGACUUCUCAACGUCCUCGACGGUGUGGCUUCACAGGACGGGCGUGUCCUCAUCAUGACUACAAAUCACAUAGAGCAUCUCGAUGACGCUCUGAUACGAUCAGGCCGUGUUGAUAAGAAAAUCGAGUUCCAGCUUGCUGACGCUGAUGUGGCCCGAAAGCUCUUCUGCCAUGUAUUCGAACAGUCGGAGGAGGAGCUUCCUGGUGCGGAGAAGCGAGACAGCAACAACGAGGAGGUCGGACGGUUAGCUAUUCAGUUUUCGGGCUUAAUACCUGAGCUGGAGUUCAGCCCUGCCGACAUUCUGUCUUUCCUCCUAGCAAACAGGGGGUCUCCUUUAGGGGUUUUAGCUGAGGUGGAGAGCUGGGUCUCCCGUACCAGAGGGGAAAGAGCGCUGAGAAGGGGUGGCUCUUGGGUACAAGCGAGGCAAGGAGAAAGGUGA